UUUAACUCCCUGAAGCUUGGCUCGGCUCCCGGCUAGUCAGGCACGGAAGUUUUCCCCUUCCCUCGCCGCGAGUUGCACGGGGUGCCGGCCAGCGGGUUGAACGGGCGAUGGCAGAGUUCAUAAUUUGGGGAAACAUCGCGCCCCUUUGUAAAGCAUAUCGAGUUAAAGGGGGCCCGCAGUCUCCUCCCGUCGCUGCAUUUAUAAAAGCCGACGGUCGCGAGUUUUGAGUCUCACAUGCUCUCUCUCUUUCUCUCUUUAACGUUGCUUUCUCCCUCUCCGUCCCUGGUUCUGUGAUUGUGACGCAGCGAGAGUUUGUUUCAUGGCUAGCUCCAACGGGCCAACGACGGAUCUGAAGGGAACCUUUCUCAGGGUAUACUCUGAUCUCAAGGCCGAGCUGCUUAAUGAUCCUGCUUUCGAGUUCACCGACGGGUCUCGCCAAUGGGUUGAACGGAUGCUGGAUUAUAACGUCCCCGGAGGAAAGCUGAAUCGGGGUCUCUCUGUUAUUGACAGCUACAAGUAUCUCAAAGAAGGAAAGGAGCUAACUGAAGAUGAAAUCUUCCUUGCAAGUGCUCUGGGUUGGUGUAUUGAAUGGCUUCAAGCAUAUUUUCUUGUUCUUGAUGAUAUUAUGGAUAGCUCUCAUACACGGCGCGGUCAUCCAUGUUGGUUCAGGCUGCCCCAGGUUGGUUUGAUAGCGGUAAAUGAUGGAGUUCUACUUCGAAACCAUAUCCCCAGGAUUAUUGGAAAACACUUCAGGGGAAAGCCUUAUUAUGUUGAUCUGCUGGAUUUGUUUAAUGAGGUAGAAUUCCAGACAGCUUCAGGACAGAUGAUAGAUUUGAUUACCACGCUAGAAGGGGAAAAGGAUCUAUCCAAAUAUUCAUUGUCACGUCAUCGCCGCAUUGUACAAUACAAGACUGCCUACUACUCAUUUUACCUUCCGGUUGCAUGUGCAUUGCUCAUGUCGGGUGAGAAUCUGGAUAACCAUAUUGAUGUAAAGAAUAUUCUUGUUGAGAUGGGCACGUACUUUCAAGUACAGGAUGAUUAUUUGGAUUGCUUUGGUGAUCCUGCAACGAUUGGCAAGAUUGGGACGGAUAUUGAAGAUUUCAAGUGCUCUUGGUUGGUAGUGAAAGCACUAGAACUUUGCAAUGACGAACAAAAGAAAGUUUUAUUUGACAACUAUGGGAAAGCAAACCCAGCUAAUGUUGCUGAAGUGAAGGCUCUUUACAAUGAUCUUAAUCUGCAGGGUGUAUUUGCGGAGUAUGAGAGCAAAAGCUAUGAGAAACUGAUAACCUCCAUUGAAGCUCACCCGAGCAAGUCCGUCCAAGCUGUGUUGAAAUCCUUCUUAGCGAAGAUAUACAGAAGGGAUAAGUAGAGAAUUUGAAGCAUGUUGGAUAUAAGGGAAGAAGUUUGGAAGAAAGUUGAUGUAUCCAUUCUUGAAUUAUAUUGAGAGAAAAAAAAAAGUGCGGUGUCUUAUUCUUCUUGUUGUUUUGCGCGCGCGUGUGUGUAUGUGUGUGUUUCUUUAAGGGAUGCAUUCUAAUUUUCCUUGUUCAAUUUUUGGCCUCAUCUCCUGUAUGUUUAACUUAUGAAUGCUCUUAGGGCUCAUUUGGUUGGGCAAAAUAGCUAUUCAUUGAAAUGAGAUGGUAUAUAGUUUAAAUUUUGAGAA